AUGCAAACUUCUUCUCGAGGUGGAAUUCGACAUCAUCUCGUCAUCUGGCUCGAUCCCAAUGCUCAUAGAUCAGCCAAUUAUGAUAAAUCUUGUGAGUUUAUACGUGCCAUCGUCAAUUCUAUCGAAGCAUUUUCUGAUCCCGAUAAAUGCAUUGAUUUUCUUACCGAUCGAGAUGAUUCCGAUGAACAAGUCGUUCUCAUUUUAUCCGAGACAUUUAGUGAAAAUAUUAUUCCAUUAAUUCACGCAAUACCACAAUUACAUUACAUUUAUAUACAUGGUACAGAUAUAGAUCAGUCGAAAAACGUUUCCUGGACAAGUGGGUACGAGAAAGUCAGAGGUCAACUAUGGGAAAAUCUUCAAUCUAUAGGUGAACAGCUGAAAAAGGAUAUUAUUCAAUGUCAAAAUGAAUCUGAAGCUAUUUCAUUUGUCUCAGCAUCAGAAAUUGCAGCUGGGAAUCGUCAAGAUCCAUCAUUUAUCUAUACCCAAUUACUCAAAGAAAUUUUAUUGACGAAUUAUCUAACUGAUUCGGAAGAGGAAGCACGAUGUCAAAUGAUUGAGUUUUGUCGAAGAAUUUAUAUGAAUAAUGCAGCUGAACUUCGGGUGAUAGAUGAAUUCGAGCGAGAAUUCUUUCCCGAACAAUCUGUCCAUUGGUAUACGCGAGAAUGUUUUCUCCAUAUAAUGCUAAACAAAGCAUUGCGCAGUCCCGAGCCAGAUAUUCUUUAUAAAUUUCGUUAUUUUCUUCGUCAUCUCAAUGAACAAAUAAGAAUCAUAGCUGCUCAACAAUGUAUAUCGCAAAAGUCGAUCACUGUAUUUCGCGGUCAAGGUAUGCCAACUGAUGAAUUCAAUAAACUGAAGAAUGGCAUCGGUGGUCUUCUCUCGUUUAGAAGCUUUCUUUCUACAAGUCUCGAUUCAGAGGUAGCAUUCGCAUUUGCGGAACCAUUCAAAUAUAUUUCCGAUCAAACAUCGAUCGUAUUUUUAAUGAAUAUCGAUCCAAGCAUUAAACAAUAUCCAUUUAUUCACGUCGAUAAUAUGAGUUAUUAUCAAAGUAGCGAACAGGAAAUCUUGUUCACCGUGGGAACCGUUUUUCGUAUUGAUGCUGUUGAAAAAUUGAAAGACGAUCAAUGGCAAGUACGUUUAACUUCAAGUAAUGACAUUGACAUGAAUCUAGUUCAAUAUAUGGAGUAUACACGUAAGCGAACACGUUGUAGUCAUCCAUUGAUAGGCUUAGUGAAGCUCGCUGAUGAAAUGGGUCAGUACAAGAUGAUAGAUCGGUUGGCACAGAUUUUUACUGAGAAUGAUUUUCCUUCUCAAAUUCCAUCUGUAAUGAAUCAAAUGCGACAUGCACUGGGCUCGGCAUAUUUAUCGGCAGGAAAUCGAACGAAUGCUCUUACACACUUACAAGAAGCACUGAAUAUCUAUUUGGAGUACUUACCAUCCGAUGAUCAAAGUCUUUCGUCAACAUAUAAUAAUAUUGGCAGUGUUUAUCAUACUUCUAAAGACUAUGAGAUGGCACUCACAUAUUAUCAGCUAGCACUUGACUGUCAAUUGAAUUCACAAGAUCCAGAUUUCGAUUCUAGUGCUACCUAUUCCAUGAAUUUGGCCGCUGUUUAUGAAGCUCUAGGACGCUACGAUGAAGUAUCAGCAUGUCAAAAACAGGCGUUAAAAUUUCGGCAACAAAAUCAUGGCGAAAAUGACUUGACACUACUGGAUAUGUAUAGUGCAAUAGGACGGGCGUGCUACAAAAAGCAAGAUUACGCAGAAGCAGCAACAUAUAAUGAAAAAGCAUUGGAAAUUCAAGAGAUGACUUCAAGUGCUAAUCCGGUGUCUUCCAUCAAUUUUCUCCUAUCGACUGGACAAAUAUGUCUAUCACAAGGUCAAUAUAAUGAUGCUAUUGAUUAUUUUAUGCGUGCGCUAGAUCUACAGACACAGUAUUUAUUGUCGAAUAAUCCAUCGUUUUCAAAAACAUAUCAUAAUCUCGGUUGCGCAUACUAUCGGCAAGACAAAUUCGCUGAAUCAAUACCAUACUAUCAGAAAGGACUGGAUAUUGAACUGAACUCGCUAGCUGAUGAUCAUUCAGCGAUUGCUAGCAGUUAUUUUAACUUGUCAACUGCUUAUGCAGGAAUCCUACAAUAUGAUGAAGCAUUACAAUGUGCACGCAAAGCAGUGGAACAAUUACGAAAAAGACCCGAUCCGAGUACAUUGGAAUUAAGCCAGUACAUUAUUCAAAUAGGAAUUGUUCUUGAUAAGCAGACCAAAUAUUCUGAAGCCAUUGCCUAUUACCAAGAAAGUAUAGCUGUUAAUGUUAGUGUUGUCGGCGAUAGUAAUGCAUCGCUAGCUAGCGACUACUAUCGUAUAGCCGAGACUUAUGUGAAAUUAGAUAACCAUUUGGAUGCAUUAGCUUUCUACCAAAAAGCAUUGGAGAUUGAACAAAAUACUCUAGCCGAUGAUCAUUCAUCUAUUGCUGUUACACAUUUUAAAAUCUCAAAGGCACACAUGGAAAUGGCACAAUAUGAUGAAGCCCUCAAACAUGCACACCAAGCAAUAGAACAACUACGGAAGUGUUCGGAUUUGGGCAUAGCUGCACUUGGCCCGAUGAUUCUCCAUGCUGGAUAUAAUCUUUAUCAGCAAAACAAGUGUUUCGAAGCUGUUCGUUAUUAUGAAGAAGCUCUUUCACUCUGUGUAGCUUAUAUGCCUGAAAAUGACCCACAAUUAGCGACCAUAUAUUAUAGAAUAGCCAGUGCUUAUUUCGAGUUGGGUAAUUUCACUGAGGCACUGCUUUACUAUCAAAACACAUUGGAAAACGAAUUGCUGACCUUGCCUAGCAAUGCACCUACAAUUGCUACGACCUAUGAACACUUGGCUGCCACUCUUGUUUGUCUUCGGAGAUUCAAUGAAGCAAUCGAUGCCUACCUGAAAGGGAUCGAUCAACUUUUAAAGACACAUCCAUUGGAUCAUCAAGAUGUAAAUAAACUGCGCAUAGCUUUGGAAACAAUCAUGGCUCAGUAA